AUGUCUCCGCUUGCAUUUGCCGUGUCCUUUUUCUACCUGUACAUCACCGGCUCGGUCUUCUUCGAUACAGCGCACUACCUCCUCCACCAGUGGUCCAAGUCGCAAUGGCGGUUCCUGCGAUGGCUGUCCUGGUGCCAUCAAUUCCACCACCUCUACUACAAUCGCUCCCUGAAGUUCAACAACCGAUACCUACGACAGAAUGCCUGGAUUUCCUUGCCGUUGGAGAUGCUCAGCAAGAUCCUGGGAAGCGUCGUCGGCUGGUUCAUUGCCCGCAACUCCAUCACAGAUAACAACGGAAGCCCUGACAGCACGCCACUGAUCCUAGUAUCUGCCUUCGAAUUCAUAAGGACCAUGGUAGUCAUUGCCAUGAGCGGUCGAGACUCAAACCACAUCGCCUUCGACACAGUGCCCAAAGACCGCAGCUGGCUUUUCGUCGGCCCCGAGUUCCACGCCCUACACCACGUUUACCCCGACCGGUACAUGGGCUCCAUGGUGAAGCUCUUCGACUGGGUAGCCGGUACCGCAUACUUCGUCCGCAACAAACGGGUAGCUCUGACCGGCGGGUCCGGUGCAUUCGGACGCGCAAUCGAGAAGCAACUACAAGCCGAAGGGGUAAAGGACAUCCGGAAACUCGGAUUCGGCAGGGACUGGACACAUGAAGACUUCUCACGCGUCGGCCCGAUCCUCGAAGACGCUGAUAUCCUCAUACUGUCACACGGGACCAAGGGGUUAGACGCCAUGGACGCCAAUUGCAACUCGACGAUACGACUCAUCGAGCUGUUCCUGGAACAGAAUGCAGGACGCGCGAGGAAGACAGUCCCGGAGAUAUGGUACGUCGGCAGCGAGAUCGAGAUCCAUCCUGCAUGGGGCAUCCCCGAGAUGCAGAGGUAUUCGGCGUCCAAGCGUGCGUUUAUGCCCUAUGCGCGUGCCCUCUACGAUGAUCCGCGCGUUCUUUACCGACAUAUUGUACCCGCUGCGUUUGAGUCGCAGAUGGGAAAGGCCAUUGUGUCGCCGGACUGGGCCGCGCGUGUCGCUAUGUGGUGGAUUCGGCGUGGUGCCUGCUAUGUUCCUGUUACUUAUACGGGGCUUGCGUAUCUGAACUUCUUCAAGUUUCUUUACCUUGUUCGUCCGGAUACGAGCAACGGGUUGAAGGAAAAGUUAGUGUGA